GUAUCGACGGCACGACAGGGACGGCGGCGGAGUAGACAGACUUACCGCAACCGUAACAACUCACAACAGUGCGUGUGUCGAAUGGCAAAUGUACAAGCGAGCUGAAUGGAUGGGUGGUAGGUAGGCCUAGGUUAGCGCAAUGGAAGAUAGUAACAUCGUUGAGGAGUGGCUCCGAUCUUUAGACCUUUCUCAAUAUUUAGAGGCGUUUAUUGAUAAUGGCUACGAUGAUUUGGAGACAUGCAAGCAAAUCGGAGAGCCUGAUUUGGACGCGAUAGGAGUAGAUGCCACUCCACACCGGGUUGAUAUACUUGAGGCUGUCAAUCGACUGAGAACGGAAGGAGGAGCCCCGGUUUAUUUCACUUUAGAACCGAAUCCACCGUCUAAAGAUGAUGCCGAUGGGAAUAUUGUUUCGGAAACCUUUUUCGGAGAUGUCGGAGGAGGAAAAUAUUACGGGCAGGUAGAUGAGGAUGUGUUUACUAACAGCGAACGAGCUUGUAGCCACAGUGAAACAUUUGUACACUACCCAAAAAAUCAGUUGAAAUUAAUGAUAAGUCAGAGUCUCCAUGAACGAAACAUCAAUUUAAGUCAGCAACCUUUCUCCAACCAGGAUGGUAGAAAAAGCAAGACAUUGCAAGACCAUUAACUCAUAUCAUCUGUCCAAGGCCAUGGGGUUAUGUUUGUUGACAGAAUGAAUGGUGUUUU